AUGUUCAGUGGCUGUGGUGACGGUAAAUGUGACGUGAUGCAAAUGUAUGAGGGCAACUCUCCAUCUGGAGCUUUGACGCUUAUUGUCAUUGCUGCAGUUGCGAUUGGAAUCGGCUUUUUGACGAUCAUUUGCACACUCAUCAGCGUAACCCGAAGUCGCCGAAGUACACGUCGAUUACAGACAAUAUCUCCGGAACGUGUAGUUUCACCAGGUGCAUGUGCAUCACUGAAUCAACGACUACCGUCGUUAAGAGGAGACAGUUAUCGCUACAUCGCAAGCUCUGUUCACGAAACGAAUUUGCCUCCUCAGCAACAAACACCAAAAUCAUUUGUGCCUAUUGAUGAUGCCCCACCACCAACUUAUGAAGACGCCAUACAAAUGGCCAUUCAAGAGAGCCUCAGGCAUUGUGAACACGAAACCGCCCAGCAACCACACUCGACGGUUCAGCAA